AUGACUCAGCCAAUUUAUGAUCCAAAGCAAGGAGGUUUUCGAGUUUUUAUCGGAAAUUUAGGUGCUCGAACAAAUGUCUCUGAUCUUCAACGAGAAUGCGAAAGAUAUGGUUCCCUUGUGGAUUGUUGGGUUGCCAGAAAUCCGCCUGGUUUUGCUUUUGUAUUAUAUAAAUAUGGUGAAGAUGCUGAUCAAGCCGUGAGAUCAAUGGACGGCAGAAUUGUAUGUGGUCAAAGAGUACGUGUUGAACAUGCAAAAGCAAGAGCUGUUAAUUAUCGCAAUCCUCCAUCGUAUCAAGCUGGAUACUAUCGAAAUGCCGAUGAUGAGUCACCGCGAGAUUACGAUUCGUAUAGUGGUGGUGGUCGUCGUUCAAAUCGAAAUGACAAUUAUAAUAAUGAUGUAGAUAAUUAUCGCGAUCGGGACAAUGAUGGUGAUGACAUGGAUACAGAUAAACGGCAUAGACGUCGCGAUCGUCAACAUCGUUCAUCGUCGAAACGAUCAAGAUCACGUGAUAGUCGUCAUCGUUCAAGUUCAAAAAGCAACAGUCGUGAUAAAAAAAAGAAAACACGACGUCGACGUCGUAAAGAUAGUAGCCGUGAAAGUAGUCGCGAUAGUCGUUCUAGUAGCAAAUCAAAAACAAAACGAAAAGAUCGAAGUGAAUCACACCAUCGUAGUGAUUCUGAACAUUCAAAAGAACGAAAAACUGAGAAAAAAAGUCGAAAUAAUACAAAUAAAAAACGUCGACAUUCUAAUAAUGAAGAUGAACAUUCUCAUGAUUCAAAAGGAAAAUCAUCAACUUCAAAGUCUAAAUCGCCUUCACCACGAGUGAGUGACGAUGAAGAAAAGGAGGAAAAUGAAAACAACGAAACAGAUAUGAAAGAAGAACGACGAUCGAAAAAAAAUAAUAAAAAAAGUCAAAUUAAAAAAUCAAUGAAUGAUGAUGAACAAAGCGGUGAUAAUACAAGUGAACAUGAAGAAGAGGAAGAUGUUAACAAAAAUGGUCAAAGAAACAAUAAGAAACGUAAACCAUCAACGAGUGAUAAUGAUGAAACAACAAGUCAUGGUGCUGAAGAUGAAGAAGUUGAAUCUGAACACCCGAAUGAAGAAAGUAUUGAUCAUGAUGAUUAA